GAAUGAGGACCCUCCCCUCUUCCCUUCCGCGAAGCCUGGACGCUGCUGAACCGAUCAGUGCACCACCACCGGGACUGGAUCCUGACCACCCACCCCGCCCAUCUUUUUUCCCAUCAUCACUUUAUCGCAUUUUGUCAUUCACAAAGUCAACAAUCAACCGACUCCGCGUCCUUCAAUCGCGUGUGCAGCAAUCGAUACCCUCGACCGCGCGCUAUUCUCGAUCUCCAGUCCUUACGAUUGUCUGGAUACGCACCGAUUCAGCAUCCCAUCAAAACGAACUGGCACAAUCAGUUGAGCCUCAGAAUACCCCCCGGUCUUUGCUUAUCGUCGGCAGCCUUGUGUAGGCCAUGCUUACCAUAACAUCGACAUCCCACCUUCUUUAAUUCAAGAGUCAAGAUGCUCAAGAAACCGGGCUUCGGCCCCAAGGUCAAACCCAAGGUGGUUGCUCGUCGCAACGCGCCAGCUUCAGCAAAGUCAACAGAUUCAACUCCCGCCCCGACCGAGACAACGUCACAACCCACCACAGCUGCCGCUACUCCCACAGCCGAGUCCGGUCCCUCGACCCGUCAGGUAUCGCCGGCUUCAGCCUCAGCUCAGCCUAACCCCCCUGCAACUCUCCCAACCGAUACGGCCCCCGAGAAGGAAUCUUCGAGUGUUACCAAACCGGUUUCCAAAGAUACCGCUCCAACGGACAAGCAAGCACAACCUGCAGCGACCUCAGCUGCAGCUCCGGCCCCAGAUCCGGCGCCAACUCCAGCCCCUACCGCAACGGCGAGUACACCGGUGGAAAAGCCAGUAGAAAAGCCAGUCGAGAAGCCGGUAGAGAAGCCUACAAGCGAAAAGAGCUCGAAUGCUACGACCGAGACUCCUAAAGCAGCGACUCCAAAACAAACACCCUCCAAAACCAGGGGAACGGCGGCGGCGGUUAUUACUCCGACCAUUAUCGAAAUCACGAGGCCUAGAGGCAGAAGAUCCGUGGCGACAUCUGGUACAUCAGAAAUUAUAGCACCAUCUCCGUCCAAGGCUACACGCCCGACACCCGCGGCCGAUACAUCCAGCACCACGUCUUCGACCACCCGAAGUGGAACUACAUCUACAGAAGCAGCUUCAACGCGUUCCAGCACAGAGACUACACAACCGACGGUUUCAACACCUUCAAUUACCCAGACUGCAGCUGCAGCCGCCGAGAGCUCGACUGAGAGUCGAACUGAGUCGAGUGCCGAGGCAACGGUUGAACCAACAACCAAAAUUACCAAGAAGGCACCUGCAAAGAAGGCACCCGCAAAAAGGGCUCCUCGGGCUCUUCCUCGAAAGCGCAAGGCGGAUGCAGCAACCAACGAAGACGAAACGAACAACGAUGAAGCCGAAGCCGAAGGUGAAGCGGCAGCACCACCUCCCAAGAAGCGAGCACGGACGACAAGGAAAGCAGCGGCCGAGCCGAGCGCCGACGGAGAGGAAGCGGCUGAAGCCGAAGUUGAAGCGGCAGCACCAGCUCCCAAAAAGCGAGCUCCUCGAAAGCGCAAGGCGGAUGCAGCAACUGGCGAAGGCGAAGCGGAUAACGAUGAAGCCGAAGGUGCAGCAGCAGCGGCACCUCCCAAGAAGCGCGCACAGACAAAGAAAGCAGCGGCCGAGCCGAGCGCCGAGGGAGAAGACGGUCAGGAAGCAGCACCCAAACCGAAGCGGGUGCGGAAGCCGAGAAAGCCCAGGACAGAGUCGAAUAUCGAUCCAGCUCUCCUGGGCGAUGAUGAGCAAAACGAAGCUCAAGCUACCACCAAGCAGGGCAGGCAACAGCGUGAAGCCACCCCCGAAAAUGCCGAACAAGUCCAAAUUGACGUCACCCAGCUAAUAAUGGCCGAGCUGGCCAAGGAUUUGCACAUCGGCAAGAAAUUCAGUCUACACGACGAGCUCGCCGAGCGUGAGCGAGCCAAGCGACAGAAAUAUUAUGAAAAGCGCAAGAAGCAAAAGCGCGGCGAGACAGCCGACGGUGACGAAAAUGCCGACGGCGGUGCCAGCGGCGAAGCAUCCGCCUCUGGCACGCCCGCGCCCGGUGCCCCCGGUGCCUCCAACGGCCCAGCCUCCUCCCGCCCCGCCAUCGACGAACCGCCCCUUGUCGACAGCACCGUCGGCGCCGUCGGCGAGCAAUACAUCAUGAUCGACGGCGAAAUCCGCCUCAACGAGCGCUCGCUCCAAGUCGACCGACACGCAGCCGUCGACCACGCCAACUACGAAGUGCAAGAAGAAAACGACUUCACCCACUUGACCACCUCCGCCACUUACCUCCGGCGCAACAUGAAACCAGGCCAAUGGACGGACGAAGAAACCGACAAGUUUUACUCAGCUCUAACCAUGUUCGGCACAGACUUUGAGACCAUCGCCCGCCUGUUCAAGGACAAGACGCGCAAACAUAUCAAACUCAAGUUCAACCGCGAGGAAAGGGCCGAUCCGGACAGGAUCCAAAAGGCGCUGGUGGGCGAGCGUACCGUGACGAUCGAUAUCGAGCAGUACCAGCGCGAGACGGGGCAGGAAUUUGAGACUGCCGAGAAGAUUUAUGAGGAGCAGAGGAAGGCGGAGGAGGAGUUUGAGGCGCGGCAGAAGGCGAUUGAGGAUGCGAAGGCGGAGGAGGAGAGGAAGAAGGCUGAGAUGCUGUUUGGGAAGGAUGGACAGGGUGGUGCAUUGGGAGGGGGGAAGAAGAGGAGGGGGAAGAAGGCGAGGCCGGAACCUACUUGGUAG